GUCUUUAUGGAAAUUUGAGAGCCUUUGAAUGGGUAAAGAAAAAGCAGGGUCAGAGUCCUUUCUUGGUAUAUAAUACUUCCCAUUUAUAUCAGACUGAUACCUUACUACCAAAACGUUUAUUUUCCCUUCUGUUCGCCAUUUGUAUAACCACGGGCACGGCUUUCUUAAAGAUUGUGUAUGUGCAGAUAUCCACUCUGUACGCAUACGGCAUAAUAUGCACGGUCACAGUUACUGUAUACACAUCUGGGAAGUAAGAACUGCGUCCGUAAUGUGUUGGACUUGGACUUGGAAGUUUCACAAACGCAUACCUAGCAGAGAUGUUUGCAUUUGAGGGUUUCAUAUUUCGCGGUUGAUUUGAUGAUAAUUGGUCGAUUUAUGCCAACUGUGAGCAGCUAGCUUAAGUCUGCCUUCGGACGUGUUUGGCGGCUCAUUUGAAACACAAGAUAAAAGAGCGAUCUGUCCGUAGCAUAAAACCAAACGGCAAAACAUUACGACGCGAUGACGACGCUAGCGUCUUUUCUGGAUUACGGCAACGUCGCAUCGUUGACGUUCUGCGGCAUCGUUCUGUUGGCGUCCUUAGCCAUCUGGAGCAUGAUUCGACCCCAAGGUUUCCCGCCAGGCCCUAUUGGAUUACCCUUCUUGGGGAGCGUUUUAUCGAUGACUGCCAGCCCCGAAGAGGUUUUCGAGCGAUGGAGCAAGCGAUACGGUGACGUGUUCGGGUUCAAGGCCGGUGAGAGGUUAAUCGUGGUCAUCAACCACGGGGACGCUAUCAGAGAAGCCCUCAUCAAACACGGCAUCGAAUUCGCCGGAAGGCCCGAUUUCUUCUCCUUUAAAGUGUUCACCUAUGGGUUUAAAGACAUCAUCUUCAGCUCCUACUCAGACACGUGGAGACUCCAUCACAAAUUUGCCAAUUCGGCUCUCAGACAGUACGCUUCCGGUAAGCGCCUGGAGGAACUUCUACACGGUUCCAUUCUCAAGAUGAAAGGUUAUCUUGCCAAGAUUGAUGAAAAGGAACCCCUGGAUCCUAAACUCGUCAUAACUCUACUUCUCUAUAAUGUCAUGUCGACAAUGUGCUUCGGUAAAGAUUACGACUUCCUUGAUGAGAACUUAAUUGCCUGGAAAGAAAACAACGAGAGGUUGAACCAAGAGUUCGGCUUGGGCGUGGCGGCCGAUUUCUUCGGCUGGGCGCAGUACCUUCCGACGCCGGGGGUGAAGAUGGUCCAUAGGAUGCGAGAUGAGCUCCAUCGGUUCGUCUGGGAGGAGCUGGAGAAUCACAAGAAAAGUUUUGAUCCAGGUAUAUACUCCACUCUAAAUCAGGGAUGUAUUAUUAGAAGAGAAGUCAUCAGCACAGAAGAUAGAAAAAACAAUCAAGAGGGUAGUAUUCCACUCGUCAACCAUGAACCUGCCAAGAGACUCAAAUCUAGACACAGUUUUCUCCGCUCAACAGAAUCCCUUGACGUGCAUGAUGACUCUGCACGGAUGAAAGCGUCACCCUCUGGUCUAACAAUCUCCAAUCUGUGA